GUGUUGGAUUCAGAGUUGGAGGAGAAACAGGUGGCAGAUAUUUUGUGCUCCAGGUACACUAUGGGGAUAUUAGUGCAUUUAGAGAUAAACACAAGGACUGCUCUGGUGUAACUUUACAUCUGACACAUCAAAAGCAGCCUUUGAUUGCUGGAAUGUAUCUUAUGAUGUCUGUGAACACUGUAAUACCACCAGGCGAGAAAGUGGUUGAUGCAGACAUUGCCUGCCAUUACAAAAGGUUUCCAAUGCACCUUUUUGCCUACAGAGUUCAUACACACAAACUAGGAAAAGUAGUGAGUGGAUACAGAGUGAGAAAUGGUCAAUGGACAUUGAUUGGUAGACAGAGUCCACAACUACCACAGGCAUUCUAUCCAGUAGAACAUCCUGUAGAUGUUAGCUAUGAUGAUAUCCUAGCUGCUAGAUGUGUGUUCAGUGGUGAAGGCAGAACUACAGAGACACACAUAGGGGGAACAGCCAAUGAUGAAAUGUGUAACUUUUACAUUAUGUAUUACAUGGAAGCCAAGCAUGCUGUCUCGUAUAUGACCUGCACACAGAAUGCAAACCCUGAGAUGUUCAGAAAUAUACCACAGGAGGCAAAUAUUCCUAUUCCAGUCAAGUCUGAUAUGCCAAAAAUCACACAUGGACAUCAUGAAGGUGAGAAAAAUUUUUCUUUGCAGCAGAAGGCCAAAAAAGAAGAUAUUUUGGAUCAGG